AUGGCCAGAGCUUUUCUUUACCCUAGAGCAGGGUGUGUCCCCAAAGUCCCCACCUCUACACCACGGCCUAUUGUCCUCCGAUCCUUUUGCCCUCCUUCCUUCAGGGAGCCCAACCAGAGGAAGCUAAAUUGCAUGUGUCUAGUGCGAGCAUUGGACACAUAUGUCCAUAGAGCUGCCCAGUGGAGAACAACUAUUUCUUACGAGUCUUCUUAUCUCCCCUCACCUUUGGGGGUCAAGGCUCACUCGACACGUGGUAUGGCGGCCUUCAAGGCCUUUAUGGGCAGUUCAGUAAACUUGAAAGAGAAUUUGGCAUUAAAAGGAAAGGCUGUGCAGUCGAGCACAUAUUACGCCUGGGGAGCUGCAAAGGCCAUUGACGGCAUCAAAAACACUCCAAGCUGCUCCCACACAGGAUACGAGCUCAACCCGUGGUGGAGGCUGGACCUGCUGGAUUAUUACAACAUUUACAAAGUGACCAUCACCAACAGAGAUGACGGCUGGCUGGAUGAAACGACUGGAGUAGAGAUCCGCAUCGGAAACUCUCUGGUAAACAACGGCAACAACAAUCCCAGGUGUGGUGUCACUUCACUUGUUCCAGCAGGCAGUACUGUCAGUUUCUCUUGCGGUGGAAUGGAAGGUCGUUAUGUGAACAUGUACAUUCCUAACAUCCAGAUGUAUCUCACGCUGUGUGAGGUGGAGGUUUAUGGAACAGCCAAGAAGCAGGUGAUCCGAGUGCAGGUGAAAGCUGCUGAGAAUGUGGAUGAAGCUGAACUGAAGACGCUCGUCUUAAACAAGUUAAAUCAGACGCUGAGCGAUAAGGACGUCAUGCUGACAUGGAGGAUGCAACCCAACGGGAAAGUCUUCCAGAAGAACAAGACUGUACCGAAACAAUCUCCUGUUUGUUCUUCUUUAAAGUGAAAUUUUAUUUAAUGCAAUU